AUGGCUGAAACCCCAUUAGAAUGUUUGAGGGAUGCUCUGAAUCUUCAAAGCUUAAUCUUAUCUGAUCCCAAGUUUUUCCGGACCGGCCCGCCACCGGACCAUGUUACUGGUGACAAGUGUUUGUCAACGUCAUCACUGGCGUUCUCGACUUCGGCUGUCGCUGGAAUGGCCCAGCAAGUCCCCAGCUUCUUCUCGAAACCCGCAUACGACCAUGCCGUCGCGGGAAUAGGCGCUGGCACCGUCGCGGUGCUCUGCAUGAACCCGCUCGAUCUGCUCAAAGUCAAGUUCCAAGUAUCUCGGAGCAACCCUGCUGGCGGAAUCGGGAAGCAGAUCUGGUUCUCGCUGCGGGAUAUACAGCGGCAGGAGGGAUGGAAAGGGCUCUACCGCGGUUUGGGUCCCAACAUCGCCGGGAACGCGUCAAGUUGGGGGCUUUACUUCCUGUUUUAUAACAUGCUGAAGAAGCGCGCGGCGGACAACAACCCCAAUCCGGCCGCGCCAUUAUCGUCGGGGUCCAUCCUGCUCUGUUCUGCCCAAGCGAGUGCGGUAACGGCGAUCAUGACAAACCCGAUAUGGGUUGUCAAGGUCCGCAUGUUCACGACAACAGCAGGGGCCCCGGACGCGUACCGGGGUGUGUUUCACGGGCUGACGUCGAUUUUCCGUACGGAGGGCGUGCAGGGGCUGUUCCGCGGGACGACACUCGCGCUGGUCGGCGUGAGCAAUGGCGCGAUCCAGUUCAUGGUCUACGAGCGCAUGAAACGGUGGGGCUUCGAGCUCAAGAAACGGCAGUUCGAGCUCUCCGGGAAGAAAUGGACCACGGAUGCGGACAAGCUGUCAAACACCGCGUACUCCGUUAUGUCGGGCGGAAGCAAGAUCGCCGCGCUGGCCUUGACUUACCCGUACCAGGUCGUCCGGUCACGCAUCCAGGUGCGUCCAGAUUCGUCCUGACAUGGAUCUCGGUCGAGCAGAUCGGCAGAAUAACGCUACGCACCAACUAUACCCGAACAUACCUGCCACAGUGCAACGGACGUGGGCUGAAGAAGGGGUGCGAGGCUUUUACCGAGGGCUCGGUACCAAUCUGGUGCGCGUAUUGCCCGGGACGUGCGUGACAUUCGUCGUGUAUGAGAAUAUCGCCUGGUUGCUGCGCUCAACGGCGGCGCGUCGGGACGGUCUAGAGUCAUAGCACGACGCGGAAAA